AUGGAUUCGGCACGCGCCUCAAAGCCCGAGGAGGAGGUGGCCGCUUACCAGAGCGGCGAGGCCAAGCAGGCGAGGCUGCAGUCCAUGCUCGCGGCGCUCCUCGAUGACCCCAUUCUGGCCGGCGUCCCGAGGAAGCCCUCGCUGGCGGAUGUGGACACGCUCAUCAACCUCGAGCUCGGUAGCGCCAUGAGGGUGACCAUCGUCAAGCUGGACAACACCUCGUUCGAUGUCGCGGUGUUGAACACUGCUACGCUCAAGGAUUUGAAGCUGGCUAUCAGGAAGUGA